AUGCUAGUCGUUCUGUCCAUAUUUCUUUUCUGGCUUCUGGGCGCCUUUACUCCUGACCCAGGACCACCGGCACAGGACGACUCAGUCGUAUGGAGUCUCGGCCAUGUUGCCGAAGAGUGGUUCAUUCCCAUUCCAGCACAAUUCUACGUUGAGAUGGACCAUGCUAUCGCUGCCCUUGAAAAUGGAGGCAGGUUGAGGGCUGUCCUUCCCCAAGCGUACACGGACAGUCGUGAGCUCCUUCGCUUCUGCGCAGACUUCAGGAACCAUUCCGCUUCCAUCGAGCACAGAAUCAAGCAAGAUGUCUUUCUUCGAGCAAGCAGCGACUUGAAGGCUCUCAGAUGGGACCUCACAAGAUAUCUAGUCAGCUCGCAACAAGCAAAGACCUGGUAUGGCAGAUGGAGCGAAGAGGGUUGGCGUAAAGCUGGACUAGGACUCCCGGCGCAAGAAGAACUACGACAGAAUAUCUUUGACGGCAUCUACGAGUUCUUGAAAUUGCAGUCCAAUGUCGUUAACGAACUCUGGUGGGCGUCGGUCGAUGUUGAAUGGGACGCGGCUCUUUUAUGGCAGGCAUACAAGCUUAAUUUCACUCGGUCGGUAGAGGAAGUCGAGAGUGCUGCACACGAAGCAUGUGUUCGGGAUUACGAAAUCAAACCGCAGGAUGGUCGUGAUCAAGACGCCCAAGACGAAUGCGACACGAUUAACCCGCACGGGUUCCUUAGAGAUGCAGAUCUUCUCAAGCACGAACGCCAGCUUGACGACUUGAAGUCAGAUGCUCAUGACGUCCGGAUGUCUCUUGAAAAAUGGCAGCGAAAGAUUCCUCAAAUCUUGACCGAGUAUCGCCAGGGUAUGGGGCGAAGUCUCACGACCCCGGAGCUGGAGGCUCGCUGGCGUGCAUGGGUUUCUUCGAUGGAGGAGCAAGAAUUGGAGCGCAAACGGAACAGUGGGGAGCUACCUGCCCAGACAGUGCCCGCCGCUGAUACCACCACCACCAUAACAUGGGCUUAA